UCUCCAUGUGCUGAAAACCAGAGUCAGAACAGAAAAAGGACUCUAAGACUUACAUUGAGCUAACAGGAAGACUGAAAUCACUCUCAAAUACUACGACUGAAGCCAUUGGAAAAUGUGUAAAGGAUUAGCUGCCUUACCCCAAACCUGCCGAGAAAGGGCGAAGGAGAUCAAGACUAAAUUGGGCGUUUUACUGCAGAAGCCGGAAAAUGGCAUCGAUCUCAUCAUCCCCUACCCGGAGAAGACUGAGAAGAAGCCAGAGAAGCCGCAGAAGCCUACUCCGGAGGAGGCUGCUCAGUGGCGUGAGAGUCUGGACCGAGUCCUGAACAACAGCUAUGGUCUGGCUGCUUUCCGUAGCUUCCUGCAGUCUGAGUUCAGUGAUGAGAACAUUGAGUUCUGGGUGACCUGCGAGGACUUCAAGAAGACCAAGAACCCCGUCAAGAUGGCCGCCAAGGCCAAGAAGAUCUAUGAAGACUUCAUCCAGUCUGAGGGACCCAGAGAGGUGAACAUUGAUCACUUCACCAAGGAUGUUACCCUGAGGAACCUGGUUGAUCUCUCCCCUAAUACCUUCGACCUGGCCCAGAAGAGGAUCUUCGCCCUGAUGGAGAAAGACUCCUUCGGUCGUUUCCUUCGCUCUGAGCAGUAUCAGGAGCUCCUGGUUAACUAAGCCAGAGCACAGUCUGAGGAGCUGGGGUCGGGGAGGUUUCAAAGAGCAGUUAGUACACAUGAAAAUAAUGCGGAAUACAUUUUUGAAGUUAAAUCUUUCUAAUAAACUACCAUUGUCUCAGACAACUUGAGAAACAAAGACUAAUAUUAUAUAAUAUAAAAUGAGAUGAUAUAUUUCCUUACUUGAAUAUAACUAAAGUGAAAGACUGCCUUUUGAAAUUACCCUAUACCUCCCCAACCAACACAC